AGGACUAUUGCAUUCUCACCUUAACAUUAACAUUGCACAAGUGGUGUCAUAAACUCAGGCGUGCAUUCACAAGGUACAACAGUAGUUGAAUACAACUCCUUAAGAAAGUAAAUGUGAGACGUUGGAUUCAUCCAACGGUCCAGAUUGUAGUUCCCAAAACGACGUCGUCUAUACUAAGAAAAGAAGAGAUUUUUCGUAAAUCGACCGACGUCGAGAAGAGAGAAAGCUGAGAGAAGUCUCUGCCUACACCACCGUGGGUCGUGGUGGCGAUUGUGUCGAGAGAGAGAGAGUGAAACACAUAACUUUCCCUUUCCUUUCUCCUCUCACUCCCGUUAGCUCUCUGUCCCUCAAUCCUCUUCUUCCAUUUCUUUUUCCUUCCUUUCCCAAAUCAACCAAUUUCAUCACCAAAUCAAUCAUCCUUAAGAAUAAUUGAUCAUCUAAGUAAAGCAACUUCAUAUUCAAGCUCUAUUGGUAGAAAUUUGGGGGUUAGGGUUUGUGCUUUGAAGUAGAAGGAGAAUACCCAUAUUGUGAGAGUUGCUCAUUGAGACUCUUUGAGUUAAAGAUCUGUCAAUGUCAUUCUUUUGGGUAGGUCUCCUCCCUUUGUAUAAACUGAAUGGUCGAUGUAUCUGCAGCUAUUGGUAGUCGACAAAUGUUUUGUUUUGAGUUGUAUAAACAUCUAGUUAUGUCACUUUGAGAUUCUGCUGAUAAUACAAGUAUAUAGGCAGGAUUCAUAUCUUGGAAAGUAUUCAAAAUAUAGAGCAUACGCUGUCGAAAUUUCUGUGGAUAUCAUUAUAAGUGAAAGUAAAUUUGAAAAUUGUUUAAAUUAUAGUUUGUCAAGGAUUGUCAAUAGGCUUGCCGGACUAGGAUGCUCUAGUUCGUGCGCCGGUCACGAUAUUGAAUCUUGGGUCGUGACAGAGAGAGAGAGAGACAAAAAUGGCGUGGAGAAUUUUCACAUCACCGCUUCUCAAUAAAUUUCAGUUCUUAUCCUCAUCUACCACUUUCUUACUUCGCCACAAAACAAGCUUGAACUAUGUUAUAUGCAAGGUUUAUGCCCAGGAACACCAUCAAUUCAAGCUUCCUUCUACUUCUACACGAGUAGGAUGCCUAAGUUUUCAUUCAACUCCAUUUUUGAAGUGUAAUCAUGAUAAGGUCGUAGAACAACCUCAGGAUUCGGAUGGUGAUGUCAAAGUACCGGCGAGGAAAAAAUUGAAGGGGAAAAGAGCUGUUGUAAGGUGGCUUAAGUUCUUUAGAUUUAAGAAGAAGAAAGAGUUUCAAAGGAUGACAACAGAGGAAAGAAUUUUAUACAAGUUAUUAAAGGCUCGGAAAAAAGAAGAGAGACUUCGCGAAGCUCUGAAGAAGAUUGAGCCUACAGAAUCAUCAGAAACAAUCCAUGAUCCCGAGAUAUUGACGCCAGAAGAACACUUUUUCUUCUUAAAAAUGGGCCUGAAAAGCAAAAAUUACGUGCCAGUUGGAAGAAGAGGAAUUUACCAAGGUGUAAUUUUGAACAUGCAUCUACAUUGGAAGAAACAUCAAACUUUGCAAGUGGUGGUGAAGACAUUUUCAGCAGAGGAGGUUAAGGAGAUUGCCACUGAGCUGGCAAGAUUGACUGGAGGUAUAGUGCUUGGCAUUCAUGAAGAGGACACAAUAAUAAUGUACAGAGGGAAAAAUUACUCUCAACCACCAACAGAGAUAAUGUCUCCACGAGUCACUCUCCCAAGAAAGAAGGCAUUGGAUAAAUCAAAAUAUAGGGAUGGCCUCCGCGCUGUGAGGAGAUAUAUUCCCAAACUCGAGCAAGAGCUCGAAAUUCUUCGAGCACAAUUUCAAAGCACAGCUGAAAGUAACACAGAAGCAGCUGAGGGAAUCCAAAUAAGUGACAAAGUGAGUGUUGAACCAAGUAGUGUUUCAAAUCUCCAACUAGAGAAAUUAGAUAAAGUUGGUGCAAUGUUUAAUGAUAACAACAGUUGCUCGGAGGAUGAAGCACAUAUGGACUCUGAUUUGGAUUCAUAUUCUGAUAAAUUAUCAGACAUCUUUGAGACAGAUUCAGAUACAGAGGAUUUGGUAAAGGAGGAGAAACCUCUUUAUUUGGACGAAUUUAAUAAUUUUCCGGAGCAAAGUGAUGGAGAUACAGAUGAUUUUGAGGAGCAUCUGCAGCAAAUAUCAUACAACUCUAAAAACAUGGAAAAAGAUGCUGACUUGCCCAAGUUUGAUGAAGUUGACCAGAUUUUCCUGCGUGCUGCAUCAUUUUUAAAGAAAAAGAGAAAAUGAGACUCAUCAUUGUACUCGAUGUAGUUUUUUUGUUUGUUUGUUGGGAAAUGGUAUUAUAGCAGAAUAUUUGAAGGAUUCAUUUAUUGAGGAUAAACCAUUAAAACCAUCAAUUCUUUUUCCUCUUUUCUGUCAAGUACCAUCAACUACAAAUGUGUCUGGACGAGGGAAUUAUAUGAGCUAAUGUAAUUUUAGAUGGUGAUUAAAUCUUUUCAAUAUAAA